CUAAUCAUAGUAGCAGUGAUAAAUUACAGCAGAUUUUGGCAAGUAGGAAGUAAGUAAAUAUCAAUGUUGAAUUUAUUUUUCAAAUAUAAUUUUACAGUGAAAGAAUUGUCAAUAACAUUCAUACUAAACAGAAUAAACUUCACGGUAGCUUAUCAUCAUUCUAAGAUAAAUAAUCCAGGACUUGUGAUUCAUUGAAUUUCAACAUCAAGUUCCAGUUUGUUUCAGUGAACUAUCAACACAGGAUCGUCAUGUCAGGGACUAUGACUGGAUUACAGAAAGCGAUCGACAUAAUAACUAAAGCUACUGAGGAGGAUAAGAAGAAGAACUAUGAAGAAGCAUUACGUCUUUAUAAAUAUGGAGUUGAAUAUUUUCUACAUGCGAUCAAAUAUGAGACGCAUGGAGAGAAGGCUAAAGAAUCGAUCAGAGCAAAGUGUGACCAAUAUUUGGACAGAGCUGAACAAUUAAAAGCGCAUUUAGAUAAAGGAAAGAAGAAGAAAGUAAAAGAUGGUGAUACCAAUUCAAAGAGCGAUGAUAAGAAGAGUGAUAGUGACAGUGAUUCAGAAAAGCCGGAAAAGAAGAAAUUGCAGUCUCGACUGGAGGAGGCCAUUGUCGUGGAGAAGCCGUGCGUUCAAUGGUCAGAUGUUGCAGGGCUCGAGGGAGCCAAAGAAGCUCUCAAGGAAGCUGUCAUACUUCCAAUCAGGUUCCCUCAUCUUUUCACUGGCAAGCGAAUACCCUGGAAGGGAAUUCUACUCUUUGGGCCUCCUGGAACUGGUAAAUCAUACCUUGCAAAGGCAGUGGCUACUGAAGCGAACAAUUCGACGUUCUUCUCAGUGUCGUCCUCAGAUCUGGUGUCGAAAUGGUUGGGCGAGUCGGAGAAGUUGGUCAAGAACCUGUUCGAGCUAGCCAGACAACAUAAGCCUAGUAUUAUAUUCAUUGAUGAAGUGGACUCCUUGUGCUCUUCGCGUUCAGAUAAUGAAUCUGAGUCGGCCCGUAGAAUCAAAACCGAGUUCCUUGUACAAAUGCAAGGUGUUGGUAAUGACAAUGACGGAAUUUUAGUAUUGGGGGCGACAAACAUUCCUUGGGUUCUCGAUGCAGCCAUCAGAAGGCGAUUCGAGAAGCGAAUCUACAUUCCCUUGCCCGAAGAACAUGCACGUCUGCAAAUGUUCAAACUCCAUCUUGGCAAUACUUUUCAUGAGUUGAAAGAAGAAGAUCUUAAAACACUAGCUCAUAAAACUGAAGGCUACUCUGGAGCUGACAUCAGUAUAGUGGUGAGAGAUGCACUGAUGCAGCCAGUAAGGAAGGUGCAAACUGCCACUCACUUCAGACAAGUGUCGGGUCCUUCUAGAACCGACCCCGAUGUGAUGGUUUCAGACCUGCUCACACCAUGCUCUCCUGGCAGUCCGGGUGCCAUUGAAAUGACCUGGAUGGAUGUGCCCGGCGAUAAGCUCUAUGAGCCUGCUGUUACAAUGACUGACAUGUUGAAAUCGCUUGCCACAUCGAAACCCACAGUGAAUGAUGAUGAUAUGAAGAAGUUGGAUAAGUUCACAGAAGACUUCGGUCAGGAAGGUUGAUUUUGGGCCUUGUGAACUUUUUUUUCAUCUAAUGAAUAUUAAAGUCCAUUUAUUUUAUAACGCAAAUGAUUAUAUAUUUUUCUGUUAUUGUGUGAUACUGGCAGAGACUUCAGUUAUUUAAAACUUCCAUAAAGUUCUUAAACAAAAUCGAACGUAGUUAUGACUAUUGUAUUAUAAUAUGUAAAUUAUUCAUUCAUUACACUUAUCUGUAUUUAAAGCUGCAAAUUAGUUAUUGCUGGGCAAUAUUCCAUGUCUGUCCAUCUAGGUUUAUCAAUUAUUUUUGUAAAAUAGAGUAUUGUUAAGGCAUGGUUUUAAAUUCCUUGGAUAUUUUUUCAAGUACUAAUAAUAUAUUACUAAUUUUUAACUUCUCUCUAUUUAAGACUAUCGUUACUGAUUAAAAUGAAAAAUAAAUUGUAAUGUCAUUGUAAAAAAUUGAUUACAGUUUAUUAGAAUGUUUCUUUCCAUCUUGAAUUACUCAUUUUCAAAUUCAAACAUGAUGAAUUUCAAUAGUUUCAAUAUUGAGUCAACUAUCAAUUAUCAAUGCUAUUAAUUACUUGUUUCUGAUUUCAAAGAGCUUUUGCUUUGUAUUGUUAUUUGCUUAUAACGUUCAAGUUAUACUUUCAAGAUGCUAUUGAUCACAUUUGGUUAUGAAAUGUAUCGAAGGGAUAUUAUGCCAGAGUAAAUACUUAUUUUUAUGGAUGAAAAUUGAUAAAUGUUUGUUCCCUCUUCAAUCUUGGCCUUUCCUCUUCUUUUUAUUCAUCUACUGAUUGAUCAUCACUGAUGUGUGAGAUUUGUAAGAGUUGGUAAUCAGUUUAAGAAUACUCUUACAUUGGUAUUUAAAGUAUCAUUACUAGAAUGUCCAACUGGUAAUGGAUUUCAUCAGGUCCUCAAUUUCACCCUUUUUAACUUUCUGAUAAUAAUGAUUUUCAAUGAGCUUAGUGAUUUUAAUUAAUGUAAUUUCGAUCUGUUGAACAAAUUUCAAUGUGUAUCUGUAUUAAAUUUUAUAGCCUUCUAUAUUAAUUAGUGAUGUUAUUUCUUGAAAAUUGUAAAUAGAUUGCUGCAAUAUAAAGUAUUUUACCUAGAGGA